CCCAGGUAACUCUUGCACGGCUUUACAGCCACCAGCAGCUGAACACGCUGAGGGUGAAGGGAAAGAGGGCAAAGAGGUGCUCCCACGGUGCCACCCACAGCCCCCACCGUUGUUCCGUGACGUGGCCCCGGCGUGCAACUCGCCGCUUCCUGCCCAUCACCGUGCUGAGUGCAGCACCAGCGCUGCCCACCCCACAGCCCCCGGGUCCUGGUGGAGGUGGCUCCAUGGAUGACACCCAACCCCUCUUCAUCACCUUCAAAUGCGUUGCUGGAGACAAGGCAGAUAGCAUCCAGCCAGGACACAGCAUGACCCUGCUGCAGCCCCACAGUGUGGAGCACUGUGAUGCAUGGGGCAGGAGGGGACAGGAGGCAGCGGAGGGCCCCCAACCUCAGCUGCCCCUUGCUCCCUGCCACGUGCUGCAGGGCUGCUCCCAGGCCAGGGAGGUUGCAGCAUCUCUGCGGGCACGCACCAAGCUGUGGUUUGAGCAGACCCAAGUGCAUCGGCUGGGGGCCACGGGCAAUCUGCCAGCCUGGUUCCACGGCUUCAUCAGUCGCAAGGACACAGAACAGAUGCUGCAGGAUGAACCGCUGGGCUGCUUCCUGGUGCGCUUCAGUGAGAGCACGGUGGGCUUCGUGCUGUCCUACAGGGGCAGAGAGCGCUGCCGACACUUUGUGCUGGACCAGCUGCCCAAUGGGCACUACGUGAUCCUGGGUGAGCACAGUGCCCACCCCGAGCUGGCCGAGCUGCUGCAGCACUACACCCACGUUCCCAUCCCACCCUACGGUGAGCUGCUGACCGUGCCGUGGGGACAGGACAAGGCCUGUGGAGUGAUGCGCACCCCAAAUGGCAGCUCCACAUCCUGCAAGGCACCAGCAAACCACCCAGCAUACAGCACCAUGGCCAAGCGGGUGCCAGGAGAUGGGCAGGCAGCAGAGAGUGGCCCAGAGGAGGCCUCCAACACCCCCCUGCCACUCCCUGCCAAGGUCAGCUCCUCAGUGACCACCCAGGGACCACGCAGCCACACCAGCAGCGAAGGAGCAGAAGCCAACAGCCCCUCCACGCAGACACACCUUGAAGCCAACCCUGUUGAGAUGCUUGAUGCCAAGUACCAGCAGCUGAUGCGUUUCCAUACCUAUGCAGAGCCCCACGAGGACACGGCCCUGCCUGUGGAGCCUAUUCCUUUCUAUGCCAUGGGCUGGGGCUCCAGCCCCAGCCCUGAGGCUAACAUCUAUGCAGAGGUGGCCACAGUCCAGCAAGAGCCACCCCCCCGAGGGGCAUGGAGCCCUGGAUCCCUGCUGGCCCCCACAUUUCUGCGCCGGCGGUUGUCUCGCAGCCUUUCCAACCAGGGCUUCCACAGAAGGCAGCUGCCAGCGACUCCCACUGCAGGCACCAUGCAGAGAGCAGCUCCCCGACCGGCCCCAGAGAUUCCCCUGACCCCAGUGAACUCAGCACUGGAGUUUGAUGACCCCGUGUACAGCCCAAGGAUGAGCAGCACCAAGCAAGCCGCAGCUCCAGAGAACAUUUACGAGCAGGUUUCUAGAGGCCACCCCUAAGGCACAUAGGUAGGGCCAUGGCAAUGCCCAGCCUCUCGUUGGCACAAGGUCUGCCUGCUCUGCUCUUGCAGGGCAGAGGGAGACCCCCGGACCUUGGAGGCAGUCCCAGGCACACCAGCAGCAUCCAUCAGCUCUGCGUUGGGAUUCACAUGCUUUUCCUGGCACGGUCGCCUGCUUCCCAAACCCUGUUCAAAGGGGAUGAGGAAGAACGGAUUUAAUUUAUCUUCGCAGAAAGAGAUUGCUAUGAAUAGAAUCAGGGUGGAGGAAAAGGCUAUUAGAGCAGAACCAGAUGGGUUUCGGGCAGGGCUGGUGCCAUCCAUGCAGCAUUCGCUGGCUGCUCAAACAAGCCUGGUCCUGCCAACAGAUGCCUUGAGCUCUGCCUGCUUGCUCAGCCACCAAGCACAGAGCAGCACCAAACCCCAGAACAGAAGACGAGGAUGACAUGGAGCCAGUGCUGCCCCAUUGCUGCCCCAUUGCACAACCCCAAUUCCUUGCUCUGCCCCCAGUGUGCAGUGACACUGAAUGUGGUUCUCAUCAGUCCUGGUGCACACAGCCACAACAGAAGGGAAAAGUGUGUGAGAGCAACCAGAGACCCAAAUUUGGAAGCGUUGGAGCUUCAAAAGGAGGACUGAAAAGGAGAACAGAGGUUUAUGCUUCUACCUCUAAGAAAAUCACUUCCGUUUUUCACAAGCCUUCGUGUUCUUGCUCAUAAAUGGCUAAAAGCAGAGCAAAAGUCAGCAGUGAUUGCCAUCCUCCUAAGUCCCCUCUAGUGUUAAAAAUGAGCAAUUACAUAUUGAAAAGGCAAAAAUAAACACGGGGAUCUGAAUGCUGCCUUCAGUCCCUGGGAGGGAUUGGCAGGAUGAAGCCAGAGGAGCUCAGACCCACGAAACUGCAGUGGGAAAAAGCCUUCCAGGUGCUGCUGCCCCACAUUCAGGACACCUGACCCUCACUGCACACACAGCAGAGGACAAGGAACCCAACAGCAGUUGGGCAGCACAGCAGAACCCAACCCACGAUCCUCACCUCGUGCCUCACACUGCAAACAGCUGUGGUUCAGUUCAUUUAAAAGUUUAUUCCUUUAUCAAAUCUCUUGUCAGAGGAUUUCACUGUACAUAUAAGAUAUGAAUAAAUUACUCAACAGUAACUUUAUUUUG